AUGGUUAGCGUGCCUGGCUUCCAUAGUCUAGCAACAACAACAUCUACAAGUACAACAACUACCACUACUACGACCACCACCCCAGCACCUACAACAACAGUACCUGAAAUAUCAUGUAGAGGGACGUCUGAUGUCGUUUUUGUGAUUGAUUCAUCUGGUAGUGUUGGAGAAGAAAACUAUAAAUUCAUUAGGGAUUUCAUCGUGAAUAUAGCAUUUACACUAGACAUCAGUUCGAAUCAGACCAGAGUGGCUGCAAUUAUAUUCCAUAAUGAGGCUGAAGUAAUAUUCCAUUUGAAUAGAUACACAAAUCGAGAAGAUGUUAUUUCUGCUCUGCGUAACCUACCUUAUAACGCAGGCUCCACAGCCACAAAAGAGGGUCUAGAAAGUCUAAUGAGUGACAUGUUCCAAGAGGCAAAUGGUGAUAGAAGUAACGUUCCAGAUAUUGCUAUAGUGGUUACCGAUGGAGCUGCAAAAACUGGAAAUCCGAUACCAGCAGCAAACGCAGCUAAAGCUGCUGGUGUUGUAAUGUUUGCUAUUGGAAUAAAAACAGCGGAACUUAACAUAGAUGAAGUAAAUGGCAUAGCUAGCGAACCAACAGACAUUUAUGCGUCAGUUGUUGACGAUUUCUCAGGUUUAUCAACGAUAGCAGAAACCAUUGCUGAGAAGUCAUGCAUCCAAACAAUAGAUUGUGCUGAUGGACGUCUUGAUGUCGUGUUUGUCAUUGAUGCUUCUGGAAGUACUGGUGAGGACAAUUACGUACUGGUUCUCAAUUUUGUGAAGGAUGUUGUGUCAGACAUGAACAUAGGUGAUGAUGGUAUACGAGUUGCUGCUCUGUCAUUUUCUGAUGGUGCCUCCUUGAAAUUUGAUCUAAAUGACUACAACACAAAUGAAGCAGUUAUAGCUGCCAUUAAUGAAAUAGCUUAUGAAGCUGGGUCAACAGACACCAUAGCAGGUAUAUCGAUGAUGAGAGAAAUAUAUAGUUCACCAACUCGUGGAAAUCGAGAAGGCGUACAAGAUGUUGCCAUUGUCAUAACUGAUGGUGCUGCUAAAACUGGUGACCCAGUUCCACUUGCAAGUGCCGCAAAAGCCGAUGGAAUAAUAAUUUACUGCAUCGGUGUGCAAACUGCAGAGCUGAAACUAGAAGAAGUAAAUGGUAUUGCCAGUAACCCAGAUAGUAAAUAUGUAGUUAUUGUGAGCGACUUUGAUGGACUCCAGACUGUCGCAGAUGAAUUGAGCAGAUCUACAUGUAGCGAACCAACAACAACAACAUCUACAAGUACAACAACUACCACUACUACGACCACCACCCCAGCACCUACAACAACAGUACCUGAAAUAUCAUGUAGAGGGACGUCUGAUGUCGUUUUUGUGAUUGAUUCAUCUGGUAGUGUUGGAGAAGAAAACUAUAAAUUCAUUAGGGAUUUCAUCGUGAAUAUAGCAUUUACACUAGACAUCAGUUCGAAUCAGACCAGAGUGGCUGCAAUUAUAUUCCAUAAUGAAGCUGAAGUAAUAUUCCAUUUGAAUAGAUACACAAAUCGAGAAGAUGUUAUUUCUGCUCUGCGUAACCUACCUUAUAACGCAGGCUCCACAGCCACAAAAGAGGGUCUAGAAAGUCUAAUGAGUGACAUGUUCCAAGAGGCAAAUGGUGAUAGAAGUAACGUUCCAGAUAUUGCUAUAGUGGUUACCGAUGGAGCUGCAAAAACUGGAAAUCCGAUACCAGCAGCAAACGCAGCUAAAGCUGCUGGUGUUGUAAUGUUUGCUAUUGGAAUAAAAACAGCGGAACUUAACAUAGAUGAAGUAAAUGGCAUAGCUAGCGAACCAACAGACAUUUAUGCAUCAGUUGUUGACGAUUUCUCAGGUUUAUCAACCAUAGCAGAAAACAUUGCUGAGAAAUCAUGCAUUCAAACCAUAGAUUGCAGCUCAGAUCAGUUGGACAUCCUCUUUGUUAUUGAUGCCUCAGGCUCGAUUACUCAGGCUAACUUUGGAAAAAUUUUGGAAUUCAUCCGAAAUGUGAUUUCUGGGUUUACAAUUGAUUCCGAUAAUAUACGAAUAGGAGCUCUUACAUUCUCAUCGGGUGCAAAGGUAGAAUUUCAUCUUGGACAAUAUGAUACAACAGUUAAUAUAGACUUAGCAGUGAGUGAAAUACCAUAUGCUGCUGGAUCCACCGAUACUAAAGAAGGCCUACAGCUUAUGAUAGAAAUGUUUUCUAGUGGGGGGAGACUGGAUGCACAGGAUAUUGGAAUUGUUAUAACUGAUGGUGCAUCGAAAUCUGGGGAUCCUCGUGAAACUGCUGCCGCCGCUAAAACCAGUGGUGCUGUCAUUUACACCAUAGGUGUUCAAACUGAAGAACUUAAUAUCGAGGAGAUUAAUAGUAUAUCGAGCAACCCUGAUACUAGAUAUACUCGUGUUAUAAAGAACUUUGAUGAAUUUGAUUCCAUAGUUGAUGAUAUCACAGUUGGAACAUGUGGAUCACCAGUUACAACCUCAUCCACAACUACUACAACAACAACUACGACGACGACGACAAAGCCUCAGACAACAACAUCAGGUCAAUGCAUAGAUAAUUUGGCUGAUAUUGUCUUCGUCAUUGAUGCAUCUGGAAGUAUUGGCAACACUAAUUUCAGAAAGGUUCUAAACUUUAUAAUUGGAGUAGUUGACGAAUUAGAUAUCAGUAAUCAGAAUGUAAAUAUCGGUGCACUAAGUUUUGCCGAUGGUGCUACUACUCACUUCGAUUUGAAAGAUUACAAAACAAAAGACGAUGUAAAAGCUGCUAUCAAUUUAAUACCAUAUGCAGCCGGAUCAACUGACACACUUGCUGGAUUAUCUGUAAUGAGGACAAUGUUUGUAAGAUCCAAGGGGGAUCGUCAAGAUGUACCCAAUAUUGGCAUAAUCAUUACUGAUGGUGCAGCCAAAACAGGAGAUCCUAUACCAGAGGCAACAGCUGCAAAGAAUGAUGGAAUAAUUUUGUUUUGUAUUGGUAUCAGAACAGUCGAACUCAAAGAGGACCAGGUUAAUGGAAUAGCUAGUGACCCUGACUCCAUUUAUGCCCGCUUUGUCGACGACUUUGAUGCCCUUAAUACUAUUGUUGACGAAAUUGCAAGUGGCUCAUGUGGGGCUCCUUCUACAACAACGACAACAUCAACUACUACAACAACAAUAGCCACAACAACAACAACCACAACUCCCGCCCCAGUUACAACUCCUCCUGUAUGUCUCAGUGAUCUUGCUGACAUUGUCUUUGUCAUUGAUGCAUCUGGAAGUGUUGGUGCGGGCAACUUCGAAACAGUGAAAGAAUUCGUCGAGGACAUCAUUGCCGAACUUAAAGUAGGCCAAGAUGAAGUUAGAGUUGGCGCAGUCAGUUUUGGAACCGGCGCUGAAGUUCAUUUUCAACUGAAUACAUACGACGAUGUUAUGGCCCUUAGGGAAGCUGUACGUGAUAUUCCAUAUAUGAGCAAGUCGACCGAUACUAUUGCUGGUCUUGAGGCAAUGAGAGGCAUGUUUUCGGUGACCAACGGCGAUAGACCAGGUGUGCAGAACUUAGGCAUUAUAAUCACUGAUGGGGCGGCAAAGACUGGUGAUCCUGUACCCGAAGCCGAACGUGCAAAGGCGGAAGGAAUUACAUUGUUCUGUAUUGGUAUACGAACCCAAGAGCUAAGUGAGGCUCAGGUUAAUGCCAUUGCAAGCGACCCUGGUGACAUAUAUGCUCAGUUCGUGGACGACUUUAGUGCUCUGAACGCGAUCGUUGACUUGAUUGCCGGGACUUGUGGAGUAACGAAACCUACUACACCGCCACCUUCUAUAGCAGAUGUAUGCACGGAUGGAAGAGCAGAUAUCAUAUUUGUAAUUGACUCUUCUGGAAGUGUUGGCCAAGAGAACUUUAACCUGACCAUCCAGUUUGUCGUCGACACCGUAUCCAAGCUUGAUAUCGGACCUAAUCUGAUCCAAGUGGGAGCUCUAAUCUUCCAUACCACGGUGGAAGUGAUGUUUGACCUUAAUAAACAUAACAAUAAGGCUGAUCUAUUGGAUGAUAUCAGAGAUAUACCUUACAAUUCCGGAUCUACUGUCACCAAAGAAGCACUUGAAGAAGUUAUGAGUAUGUUCGUUCCAUCUAGAGGUGAUAGGGCUGACUCGCAGAAUAUAGUUGUGAUAAUAACGGAUGGAAAUGCCAAAUCUGGAAGUCCAAUACCCGCUGCAGAGACAAUUAAGGGCACGGGUGCUAUUAUAUUUGCUGUCGCAAUCAAGGAGAGUACGGAGUUUGAUCAAACUGAGGUGGUGAACAUUGCAAGUAAACCAGAAAGUAAAUAUGUAAAAACUGUCACUGAUUUUGGCUCCCUUACUGGGAUAGCAGACUCUGUGGCUAAUGAAGUGGCUUGCACUCAAGAAAUAGAUUGCUCAAAUGGGUCGAUUGACAUUGUGUUUGUGCUGGACACAUCUGAAAGUGUUGGUGAAGACAAUCACAAGAAUCUCCUUAUGUUCAUGCAGAACAUUGUGAAAGAUCUUAACAUAGGGGAGAAUGCUGCUCAUGUUGGAGCUGUCACUUUUUCAACAGGCGCAUUGCCACGGUUUUAUCUUGGGGAUAGUUUUGAUAAAACAACCAUACUAUCAGAAAUUGGAAACAUAUCCUAUGUAUCUGGAUCUACCGAUACAAUAGCAGGCAUCAAUCUGAUGAAGAAUCAAAUGUUUCUUAAGUCCAAUGGGGCAAGGACCGGUGUCUCUCAAGUAGCCAUUGUUAUCACAGACGGUGCUGCUAAAACUGGCGACCCCGUCCCAGCGUCUCUGUCGGCUAGAGCUGACGGCAUCGUCAUAAUCACUGUGGCUAUUACUACAGCAGAAUUGAAUCCGACUGAAGUGAAAAACAUGGCAAGCAAUCCCGAUAGCCGGUACGCGUUCUUGGCGCCCAACUAUGCUGCACUUGACUUGAUAUCCAAAACAAUCGCUGGUCUUGCAUGUGGAACACCAGAUUACUGCUCUAGUCUACCUUGCAAAAAUGGCGGUUCGUGCACUAACUCAGCCAAUAGUUUGUUUGGUUAUAACUGUGAAUGCACAGCAGAAUUCACUGGGCAAGACUGCAACAUAGUGAAUGUAGUUGAAGAUGCCCAAGGCUACCAGGUGAAAUUGACUCUUGACGCUGACUACAACAAGGUAGUUGCCCCAGACAAAACACAAUUCUUACUGGAUAUGGAGAACCAGCUUUCUGAGACUACUGGCGUCAAUAAAGCAUUGAUUGAUAUGAACGAUGCAGAACCAGGGAGUGUUCUUUUGUUCUUUACUAUUUGGAGAUCGGAGGAUCCAUCAGACCCAUCUAUGUCUAAUGCCUUGACAGCCCUGUGGCUGAAAACCCAGGUCACUGACUACACACUCAGGGCACCCAAUGGUGAUGCCAUGAAACCAACAGACAUGCGAUGGACUCAGGUGUUCCAAACUACGGAAAUUCCGAUUUCAACCGAACCAAAAGAUGUUGUGUUUAUACUAGACAGCUCAUCAAACACAGAAUUCAGCGACUUUGAGAAGCAGAAAGCGUUGAUAAAAUCCCUCGUUAAUGAUAUGGAGAUCGGUCCAACAGCAACAAGAGUAGCAGUAAUUAGUUAUAGUGAUACGCCUGUUGUUAUGUUCAACUUUACUGAACUCAAAACAAAACAAGAAGUUUUAAAUGGAAUCGAGAAUAUUCCAUAUAGACAAGGUUCAACUGAUACUGCUGCUGCGCUAGUAGCAACCAGAGAACUCCUUGAACAGCGCAAGAAUCUUGACAAUGAUACAAGUCGAGAAGGUGUGGAACAAAUUGCUGUCCUGAUAUCAGGAAAUCCAUCCGAUACUGACGUCACUGAAGCUGCUGAUGAUUUGAAAGAACAAGGAGCUACAGUUGUAACUGUUACGCCGAACCAAGUCGCCAAUGAGCUCGAAAUGCAGAAGAUCGCAUCCGGACCAGACAAAGCAAUUGCUGCCAGUGGCUACGACAAACUGGAUGAUAUGAAGAAUGAUGUAACAAAUGUCAUAAAGGAUCCAAUAGAUGGCGCCACUACACCACCAUAUGAAUCAGGAUGCAGAGACAAAACAGUUGAUUUAGUGUUUGCGCUUGACCAAACACUUGCUCAAGAUGACUUUGACAAAGUCAUAACAUAUGUAGAAAAUGUUAUUAGUGAACUUGAUAUUAGUAGUGGAAAUACUCAAGUUGGUGUAAUUGUCUUCCAUGGAUUUGCCGAAGUAGUAUUUUAUCUCUCUUCAAACAAACAAGAUGUUAUCCAACAACUUCAAACAAUACCCACCAAGAUGGGCCAAGUGCCAGAUAUGAUAGGUGCAUUAACGCUGUUACGAGACAAUAUGUAUAAACCAAACAACUUAGGUCGAUCAUAUGCUAAUAAGGUUGCAAUAAUAAUUGCUGGAGAUACAUCUUCUAGAGGUGAUAUCGAAUCUCCUGCUGCCACGCUGCGUGAUACUGGGGUUGCCGUCACAGCAAUAGGCUUAGAUAGGAACAAUAUUGUACUUGAGGAGGAUCUGGAGAAAAUUGCAGGGCUCGAAUAUACUUUUAUGAUUGAUAGUACGGAUCAGCUCGGUGACAUAGAAGCCAACGCUAUUGAGGCAGUAUGCGGAACACAACCUAUAACGUCACCCCAGGUUGGUCUCCGUGACGACGAGAAGGUUGCAAUAAUUGCAGUCUGUUGUGUACUUGCAUUCUUCAUCAUUAUGUGCCUCAUCUACUUCAUCUGUCGGUCUAGAGUUAAAGCCCGUAGUAAGGGGCAACAGUCUCUCGAUGGUGGCAAGAGAUAUGCAGGUGUGAAGAUAGCAAACCCUUAUUACAUGCAGCAUGCCGAAGUAGAGGAUGAAAUGGAUCAGGAAUCACAAAUCAAAGGUGAUAUUGACCCAGAAAGCGCACGAGGGAGCAGUUUAUUUACGGAUAAAUUCACUGCGCCAGGAGGAAGAGUUUACAAACAGGUGGGAACAACUAGUGAUCUAACCAAGGAUAUAGAAGAAAAUCCCUAUGCUGCCAUAGCCGUUACUGGCAAGAACGAUGGCUCACUCAGUAGUGCACCAACCAGUCCAAUUGGUGAUAAACGUGCAAGCACACUCAGUGAUAAACCCACCAGCUUAAUUAGUGAUAAACCCACCGGUUCAAUCAUCAGUGGAAGGCCAAGCUCAAGGGCUAGCUCUACAUCGCGUAUACAAUAUAAGACUUCGUUUAGUAUAAAAAGUGCGGACAGUGGCGAGGGUACAAGUCUCGUGAGUUAGUAAUGCUGAAUGGACCAUGAAAUAAAAAGAAAUAUCAGUUCAGUAGAAGUAAAGCACAAUGAGAAAUACAACAAAAACGCAUAUGAUUUAUAAUCGUGGACUAAUUUAAAUGAACCACCUUGAUAUCCGAUGAAGGUGGUUAUAAUACGAAUCAGAUCCAUUGGGAGUGACAAAAUUACAAGUAACAUGUACAGUUGACCUACUAAUAUAUUCCUUACAAUCUCAAAAUAUAAAAUCUCCCACAAGAUCAAUGAUGUGUUAUAAAUUGAUGAAGUUAUAAAGGAUACCAAGUGCC